AGGGCGAUGUGCGGGGCUUUCUGCGUGUAGGGGUCCAGGCCAUCGCAGCUGAUGAGGAAGCUCCAGACUACGGGUCAGGAGUGAGGCAGUCAGGCACAGCUAAGAUCUCUUUCGACGAUGAGUACUUCAAAAAGGCCGAUUUCUCCACCACGGCCAUGACCCGCUCUGGGCUCUCUCUGGAGGAGCUACGAUUUGUGGAGGGCCAGGGUCAGAGUUCAGAGAUCAUCACGCCCUCGGAAGAGAUGAACAGGAUAAAUGAAAUGGACCUGAAGCUGGGGAACGUGGAGGGGAAGCUGGAGGUUCUGGCCGGGCAGCUGGAGGUGGGCAGCAUCUUCACCUUCCGCGUGACCGUCCUGCAGGCUAGUGGCAUCCUGCCCGAGUACGCCGACAUCUUCUGCCAGUUCAACUUCCUGCACCGCCAUGAUGAGGCCUUCUCCACAGAGCCCCUGAAGAACACAGGCAAAGGCACCCCACUGGGCUUCUACCAUGUACAGAAUAUCUCUGUGGAGGUGACCGAGUCUUUCAUCGAGUACAUCAAGACCAAGCCCAUCGUGUUCGAGGUGUUCGGCCACUAUCAGCAGCACCCGUUCCACCUGCAUGGCCAGGAGCUCAUCAGCCCUCAGCAAACCUCCAGGAAGUAUUACCCCCCACCUAUGCCUCUGUCCAAACCAGACCAUGCCAGAAAGAUCGAGCUGAUCAGGUACCUGAUGACCGGGUAUGUGCACGGGCAGGUGUUGGACACGCUCUCGGAGCAUGCCAACGCCCUGGCCUCCUCCGCCGUGGCCAGCCUGGAGGAUGGUGCCGACCAGCUCUCCCACUUCCCCUUCCUGCCCGUGCACAACAUCCAGGCCCAGGCCGUGCCCCGGCACGACGUCCCCGCUACAAAGCUGAACACCAUCAGCAAGUCCAACCUGGGCCAGUGUGUGAGCAAGUACGACCUGCUUGUGUGGUUUGAGAUCAGCGAACUGGAGCCCACUGGAGAGUACAUCCCAGCUGUAGUGGAUCACUCAGGUGGCAUGCCUUGCCACGGAACUUACCUGCUGCACCAGGGUAUCCAGCGUAGGAUAACGGUCACCCUCAUCCAUGAGAAGGGCAGUGAGCUGCACUGGAAGGACGUCAGGGAGCUGGUGGUCGGUCGAAUUAGGAACAAGACAGAGGUGGAUGACACUGCUGCAGAUGCAGUCCUGUCGCUCAACAUCAUAUCAGCCAAAAACAUCAAGUCCUCUCACAACUCCAACAGACUCUGUAUUGAUAAGGAUAUUCCUAGAACCUUCUACCGAUUUGAGGCCGUGUGGGACAGCUCUCUGCACAACUCUCUCCUGCUCAACCGCGUCACCCCAUACGGAGAGAAGAUCUAUAUGACCCUGUCUGCCUACCUGGAGCUUGACCACUGCAUCCAGCCAGCCAUCAUUACCAAAGACAUCUGCAUGGUGUUCUACUCCCGAGACGCCAAAAUCUCCCCUCCCCGAUCACUGCGGAACCUCUUUGGCACCGGCUACUCCAAGACUCCCGAUUGCAAUAGGGUGACUGGUAUCUAUGAGCUGAGCUUGUGCAAGAUGUCUGACACCGGAAGCCCAGGCAUGCAGCGGAGGAGACGGAAGGUGCUGGACACAUCUGUGGCGUACGUGCGUGGCGAGGAGAACCUGGCCGGCUGGAGGCCCCGAGGGGACAGCCUGAUCCUGGAGCACCAGUGGGAGCUGGAGAAACUGGAGCAGUUGCAUGAGGUGGAGAAGACGCGUCACCUGCUCCUGCUCCGCGAGAAGCUGGCAGAGACGGCGCCCCACAAGUCCCUGAGCGAGUCUCUGUCCCCCAGCAUGAGCAGCGGGACCCUCAGCACCUCCACCAGCAUCUCGUCGCAGAUUUCCAGCACCACCUUCGAGAGCGCCAUCACACCCAGUGAGAGCAGUGGCUACGACUCGGCCGACAUCGAGAGCCUGGUGGAUCGAGAGAAGGAGCUGGCCACCAAGUGCCUCCGUCUCAUGAUGCACACCUUCAACAGUGAGUACAACCAGGUGUGCAACAGCAUCAGUGACUGCAAGCUCUCAGACAUCUCCCCCAUGGGCCGCGACCCCUCCAUCACCAGCUUCAGCAGUGCCACCCUCACCCCCUCCUCCACCUGCCCCUCGCUGUCCGACUCCCGCUGCAGCUCCAUGGAUCAGAAGACUCCUGAGCCCAACUCGCGUGCCUCCAGCCCUGGCUGUUCGGACUAUGAGAACUUCCCUAUGGUGCCCACCCUGGAGACGUCCUACCUGGCCCGCGCCGGCAAGCACGAGUUCCUCAACCUGGUGCCCAACAUAGAGGAGAUGAGGCCAGGGUCUGUGGUGUCCAAGAAGGGAUUCCUGUGCUUCAUGGAGCCGCGCUCCAACUCGUGGGUGAAGCACUUUGUGGUGGUGCGCCGGCCCUACGUCUUCAUCUACAACAGCGACAAGGACCCCGUGGAGAGGGGGGUGCUCAACCUGUCCACGGCCCAGGUGGAGUACAGCGAGGACCAGCAGGCCAUGCUCAAGACUCCCAACACAUUUGCUGUGUGCACCAAGCACAGAGGGAUCCUGCUGCAGGCCAACAAUGACAAAGACAUGAACGACUGGCUGUACGCGUUUAACCCACUGCUGGCAGGAACAAUAAGGUCAAAGUUGGCGAGAAGGCGUUCUGGCUUGAUGAAGAACUAACAGGCCUCCUCAGAGUACACCUCUUCCUCUGGCUGGCCUUUGACAUAACAAAGUGUUAACACUUAUUAAUCUUUGUGAUUAUUGAAGUUUUUUUUUUUUUCUCUUGUACGUUGACCUGUGGCUUACGUCUCUUCUCCAGCAAAUGAACUUUAUUUUUAAGUUCCAAAAUAUCCUGCUCUGUUCUCCUUCCCCCUCCCCCCUCUUCACUCCUCUUUCUCCUCUCGAUGUCUCUCCCUGCCUUUCGUGUUUUCAUUUGGAUUUGCCCUGGUCCCCCCCCUCUCUUGAUUUCUAUCCCCCCCCCCCUCUCAUUAUUUGUCAUAACAGGAAAAAAACCUUCUAGCUAGUAGCAUGUUGUAGUAGUCUAUUUGUGUGUGCACGGAUCUUCAGAUCAGACUUUCUCUUCGCUCUCGUUUUUGUUUUGUUUUUUUAUUCAUCUGUAGAGAUCGUCCUCAUCAGUGUUACCCGUCAGGCAGGAUCCCAUGUCUGUUUGCAUGGAAACAGCAGCAGUGCUCAGGGGUUGGCUAGGUUUGCUUACUAAAAAAAACAAUGGCACUACCAGUACCCGCCAACCCCCUCACUCAUUACUGAUGAGAAAUCGUAGAAAACUGAAAAAAACUGAAAAUAAGAGAGCGAGUCCUCUCGCCUCAAUGUAAAAUGAAGUGUUGGCUUAAGAAACGUUGCUGCUAGUGAUUUUGAGAAGACCUCAUGGAAUCUAGCUUUUACAUCAUUUAAAUAGACUCGCUGAAUUAGGAGCUCUAAAGGGGCCUCUCUUUUUCUCCAAUGUUACUGCAACAUUAGACAUGCUAUGCUAUACAAGCCAACCCCUGUGACAUAGGUAGCUUCCCUGUUCCUCUCUCCCUAGUCUAUGUGUAUAUAUAUAUGGAGAAUGGUACACCACUGAGUGUUUCAGAGGGACAACAGGAGGUUUGUAUGUUCAUCAUUGUUGCAUCUUCUUUUCCUGAUCGCCAUUGAACAGACACCCGCCUCUACCCCAGUGCUGUUGAGCAUUUCAAAGCCCUCAAAGCCAGGUUAUCUGCUGUGUGCUCGACAUCGUAGACAUUCGACUUGCAUUAAAUAGCGAGACGCAGACGUACAGAAGAACAAAGACAAGACUGUGAAGGGAAUGUCAUUUGUACAUACUUUUCAGAAUUACUGUGCUUUAACCACUACUUAUACAGACCAGACAUUCCUUUUGCACUUUGGCUUUAUUUCCCCCUUAUCUUGGAAUAUUCCUGAUAGCGAAUAGUUGGGAUGAAAGUAGCUCAGUGGCAGAAAUAUGACUUGACACCCCAGAGUUGUUGACGACAGAGGGAGAACUUCUCAAAUGAUCUCAGAAACCAGGGGUUUAAGAAACUGGCAACUUUUAUGUGUAGUUGUUAUUUAAUUGAACAUCAUAUUAACCUUGUAGUCAGGAUCUGAGAGAUUCCCUGUCAGCCGGUGGUAUUCUCAGGCCAUAGUUAGCCCCAAGUCCUAAUCCCUUUGUCAGGGUAGUGUACCAGGGGCAUCGAACCAGAUUCCCAUCUACUUUUAGAAUAUACACAACAGGCCAGAUGGCUUUAAAGCAAAUUCCUCGAUUUCUAAACAUUCUUGAAACGUAUCCUUGUAUUUCCUUAUUGUACUCAUACUCUUAAUUUAUUUUUUUAUUAACACCAUUGUUUUAUACUACCCACUCAUUCAAAGUAAUCUGCAAUGAAAAAAAAAACGUGUGAGAAGGGCAUUUUUGUUCCUUUUUAUCCAGUGAUAUUUAAUGUUGUUUUGCACAUUUAAAAUGCUCAUUUACCAAGCAUAAUGAAGUAGUGGAGAUUCAGGUGGUCUCAGCACUGUCUGUUAAAAAAUGGGAUUUCUUUUGAAGUCGCAAAUGCAAGAAGCUAAUGCUAACUCUACUGUAGAGUGUGUAGUGUGGCAGUGUGGAGUGGAGACAACAAAAGGGAUGAACAAAAUGCUCUGAGCUUAUUUUACUAUUAUUUUCCUGUGAAAAUCCUUUCUCUGAAUGCCACGUGGAUCCAUUAGCUGAAGCUGAAUUUGCAGUUUUUAUGCAGUUCUUUAUUCUGUGCCACGUGAGAUGUUUUUUUCUGAGGGGCACAGGCAGGGGUUGCAGGGCUCUGGCCAACCAACCAGUAGGACCUGCAUUUAAACCUGCCUAUCCUGAUUGCCUGAAUAUCUAAUAGAACCAUCUCUCCAUGUGGCAGCAUAGGGAUAUUUGAACCACAGCUCACCCUGUAAAGAUCAGGGCGAUUUUAAUAUGCAUUGGAUCAUGAAAUCUUUCACAGUCGUAAAUUCACUUGGACAUUUUUGUACAGAUAAAAAGAUGAAAACAGCUGUGGGUUUUGAACAUAGGUUGACCAGCCUAAUGUCUAACCAAGCCGUUGGAUUUAUUUAACAUCUGUGGCAAUUGUUUGCGCUGAAAAUGAAUAUUCACUCUCAAAUUGCAUAUAUUAAGGUGAAACAUUUUUCAUGUGGCAUCAAAGCAAAUCUAUGACGAGCAAGAUCUUUGAAAACCGUUUGAAAAUGCACCAGAGCAAAGGAUUUCAUUGGCUUUCGAAUGGCUUGGGUUACUAAUGUAUAGUGGACAUUUCAUGGACUGUAUUUAUUGUUUUGCAUUGUAUAUAUUAGUUUGCAGCUCUUUGCACAUAAUAAAUGGUUCUAACUAACGGAUCAAAUCAAACCUGCACCUGGUUUCAGUUGUUUUUCACAGAAGGAGUGGUUGAAUGGGCAGGGGUGAGAGUGGAGAGCGUGCUGUGGGACAGGUUUAGCCCGUUCACGGGGGUUCUGAAUGUACUUUAAGCGUUGACCAACUCACAGUUUGUCACUAAAUGGAGUGGCAUGGGCUAAGAUGGCACCCAAGAAACUGUUUUCUUCAGGAAAUGUUAGGCUAUUGUUAUUAUUUAAGUGCUUCCUGUUGUGUAAGACCUGUGUAAAACCAAACAGUUGGGUAUCUAUACCAUUCAACUGUACAACACCAGAUUUAUUUCUGGGCCCCAAGAGGAAGGUGUUACAGGGAGUACUACUCUGUUAGAUUUUCUUUUACUAAUAUCAGGGAGAAAUAACAUAUGACGAUUAUAUCAGACUUUGCCUAAUUGUACACAUCUACAGCUUUAUGCCAUUGUUUUUUCUUGUCUCAUCCUUCAUAAUGCUUCCCAUACUGCCUUUGAAAUGGAAAGUUAAAGUAGCAGAAAAACAAACAAAUCCAUUUUCCCUUUAGAAGUAGGGGGAAAAAGAAAGAAAAAUACAUGAAUAAAAUAUCACUUUCCCACUGACUUUGAGGCAAACAGAAUAAAAUGUAAGACAUUAACAUUGUACAUUAUUUGUCAGAUUGGCUUCAUUUUCAUACUUAUUUUGUAAAUAUAUCCUACAUGUUGUUUGGAGCUUGGAUUAAAGUGUAAAUAUGUCUCCUGUAUUUGUAAUAAUUAUAAUCCAUUUGCUGUAUAGCUUAGACGUGUGAUGCAGAUAUCUUAAUUCUGUGUAUGGUAAUCUUGCACCAUUGAACUGUUUAGUGAAUGAGGUAACAAUAAAAAGUACAACCAGUGCAUUGGCAGAAUAAUAAA